GCUGCUGGCCUAUGUUCACAUCCGAAAGUCCACACCUUUCCACCUGAAAGGCCUUUCCACCACCAGGCCAGAACCCCACCGGAGACAGGGGGGUUCAACUAAGUGACAGUGCCAUCUGCCCACCCCAGGCACAACAAAGACCUCAGAAUGACAGAGCCAUCCGAGUACUUAAAGGAUUCAAUGCCCACAGAGAGGAAGUCCAUGUGGAGGACCUCAGAGGAGAGGCGCAUGUCCGACCUCACGCGGGUGCUGGAGUGGCUGCAACGCAGGCAGGGGAAGAAAAAGCAAACUUUCCAGAAACCCAACUGGGCGGUACCCCCUAAAACAACUGGGAAGGAAGAAAAGAAAGGCCGAAGCAUCCCCAAAAAGCAGAAAGGGAACCACCAGGCAGCCUUCUCUGAGAAGACCCCCGAGCAAGGUAUCAAGAAGGACAAGGACCAUGUCAUGUACCAAAAGCUAAAGGGAAAACGCCUCAGCCUGGUUCCUGGCAGCUACUCCAGGGACAACCCCAAGAAAUCUGAACUAGACAUCAAGGAUGCCAUCGUCCUGGAGUCCACUCAACGGUCCGUGCCAUACCAUCGACAAAGCAUCAUCGACCCCAUGCUCCAGGACCCUCUCUUUAGCACUCGGAGGUCGACGCUCUUGAGAGACUGGGUGGUAGGCAGGAUGCCCGAGGUCUCCUACGAGCGCAAGCUGAAGAGCCUCAUGGAGAAGGGCGCCGAGCCCAAGGUGGAGACGGUGAGAAUGCUGAAGCCGGAGGAGGUGCUGAGCUGCCGGACCUGCUGGUUUCCGCCCCCAGAUUCAAGCGCCCCUCCCAAGCCCUUUCCUGUAAAGAUGUAACUGAUAAGAUUCAGAAAUUUCAGUAGGGGAAACGGACAACAGAAUAAUGUGGAUGUCCUGUAGACUGAACAGCAGUGAACUCAUCUGUAGAGUUAAGAUUGGCCUCAGAUGCCUGGCACACAGUGACCCCAUUCCAAAGUCCUGCUCUGCUCACUGACUGGCUGAGAGAUGGAUGGGUAGAAUGGCAGGCCUCCCCCACUGAAGGGGGCUUCUAGCUUGACCUCUCCACGGAUGGGUGACUUUGGCUAUGGCUUUCAGUCUGACAGGGUGAUUCUAGUGGACUCUGGCCAACAGACAGCUACCUGGGCUCAAUACUGGGCAGAAAAGAGAUUUGGACAGGGCCCCUACCCUCCAAGGAGGGAGAGAGAAUAUUUGGAGAGAUGGCAUCCAACAAGCCAUCCAAGAAAAAGAUGAAACUGUCCAUAACGGGAUCUUAGUGAGUACAUGUACAUUUGUGUGAGAUCUUCCAGAGCUGUGCUGGUCACAGACGGAAGGGGCAGACCCUGACUGGUGCUGUCAUGGAAAAGUAGUCCCGACAUGGGGCUGGAGAGUGGGAUCUAAGGUGGCUAUAAGACCAGGCAAGCUCUGGGCAGAUCUUGAAGGAGAGAGAGACCAUUCCCAAUGGUUAUAUCAAUAUCCAGCUCUUCCCCCAUCAACUGUAGCAAAGAAACCAGCAGGUGGCCUGAGUAGGGGGACUACCUCCUUUACUAAAGCUGGGAACAAGGUCAAGAUUGCUGGUAGAAUACAGAGCUCUCAGGAUAUGACAAUAGAGAUACUCUCUAGACCACACAGCAUAGAUGGGACCAAUUCUACUCUCCAGUGUAAGUUAGAAUUGUGGAGCUUUAGCUAAGAUUUUAAAUCAAUGGCCAGACUUUUAAAUUGUUUGAAUGAUAUUAUAAGAAAAUACUCCCCUUUCCCACAAUUUUACUCAGCUUUUAUUGCCACCGUUCUGUAUUUGGCCCAGGCUUUGGCAUCACUGAGGUUAUGCACACCUGGCAGUGAUGGAACCCCUGACAAUUGGAUCUCUCCCCACGUGGCUUAAUGUAUCAUGACCACCAUAUUGCACCUGCUUUCUUAAUGGCAUGUUAGCUUUGGCAGAAGAGUCCUUGAAAUGGAUAUUCUGUUAUUUGCUUAACCAUUCCACUGCUGAUGGAAUUUCUUUUUUUCCUGUUGUUGCUAACCCCAGAGUGAACACUUUGAUUUAUAUAGCUUUUUAUCCCCCUUGGCUUCUCUUCUUGGGAUUCGUUGAAGGCCUGAGUGGAUGGAGUUCCUGAGUCAAAGAUCAUGAACUGUUGGCAGGGAGGGACUUGGGGGGACAGGGACGGAGCUUGGCAUCUAUGUUGCCAAAUUACUUUCCAAGAGUUAUAUGAAUAAAAACUCCCAUCAGCUCUGUGGGGUGUCCCACUCUCUCAUAAGACCUCUGUCAGCUCCAGAAUGUCCACAGAGCCCAUUCCCUUUAGAGAUCCCACGCUGCCUAAAUCUAAGCUCUUGUCAAUAAAGUUUGAAGCUAGA